AACUGCUAGGAAAUUGAACAGAUUUCAUUGGCCAAUCUCACAGAAGCUGAUCGGACCCGGACUCUCGGAUGCCGAGUCUGAGCUUAUUUCAAUUAAUUCACGGCUAACUUUUUGACUUUUUCAUAGGCGGAAUUCAUUGAUUUGUCGAAGAUAUCCCUUUUCAACUUGUUGGCUCAUACUUCAUUUUGACCAUUUUAUCUAAUUGUAUUGGAGAGACUGAAUUUGUGCGAUAUGACGACGUGGCAUUCUGUCGCGCACCUCUCGCGCAGAGCAGCAGCUGGUUCUGCGACUGUCAGCUCUCCUUCGUCAUUAAGUCUCCGAUUUUCAAAGACCAAUGCGCCACAAACGAGGUCUUUCGCAACACCUGUACCGCCUGUCACCCAAAAUGCAGCCGGAUCGAAGGGACCGACAGCAAUGGUAUUCCUGAAUAUGGGUGGUCCUUCAACAGUGGACGAAGUUGGCGAUUUCCUAAGUCGUCUGUUUGCAGAUGCCGAUUUGAUCCCAUUAGGUCGACUACAGAAUUACCUCGGACCCCUUAUCUCGAGCCGAAGAACCCCGAAGAUUCAAAAACAAUAUGCAGAGAUCGGCGGCGGAUCACCUAUUCGAAAAUGGUCGGAAUACCAGAACGAAGAGAUGUGCAAGAUUCUCGACCGAAUAUCGCCGGAGACAGCGCCACAUAAACCAUACGUCGCCUUCCGUUAUGCGAACCCUUUAACCGAAGAAAUGUACAAUAGACUACUUGCGGACGGGUUUGGGAAGGGUAAGGGAGGAAGAGCAGUGGCGUUUACACAGUAUCCUCAAUACUCUUGCUCUACGACAGGAAGCAGUCUUAACGAGCUGUGGAAGUGGCGGCAACGAUUAGAAGGUAAAGAUGGGCCUGGUGCAAUUCAAUGGAGCGUCAUUGAUAGGUGGCCGGUUCAUCCAGGCUUAGUAGAAGCCUUUGCCAGCAACAUCGAGAAAACUCUAGAACAAUAUCCGGAGGACCGACGUAGCCGAGUCGUAUUAUUAUUCUCAGCCCACAGUUUGCCCAUGACCGUGGUUAAUAGAGGUGACCCAUAUCCUGCUGAAGUUGCCGCUACAGUAUAUGCUGUAAUGCAACGACUAAAAUUCGCCAAUCCAUAUAGAUUAUGUUGGCAAUCGCAAGUCGGACCUCAGCCCUGGCUUGGACCCCAGACUCAAAGCUCAGUUGAGGAGUACAUCGCAAAGGGACAAAAAGAUCUCGUUCUAAUUCCUAUCGCAUUUACAUCUGAUCACAUCGAGACGUUAUUUGAACUCGACAAAGAGGUAAUUGGAGAAUCCGGCCACGAGGAUACUGUGAAGCGGGUAGAAAGUCUAAACGGCAACCCCAUCUUCAUUGAUGCGCUUGCAAACCUCGCAAAGAGUCACUUGGAUAGUGGCAUAGCAUGCUCUUAUCAGAUGGGUCUUAGGUGUCCUGGCUGCAAGAGUGAACGAUGUGCCGAGUCGAAGAAGUUCUUCGCCGGACAGGAAAAUGCAUUCGCGGUGUAAGAUGUAUAUACCCCCUUUACUCGAAAACGAGUGUACAUAUUUGAGGAUGCAAACGAGCGUGUACUCAUUAUGGCUUCAAAAAAAACAUCGACAUUUUGCGUGGGCGUUUUGUAUGUACAUUAUUUGGGUAGACUACUACAUUCUCUGCUUUUGCAGGAAUCUUGUUUUCAUGAUAUGUACGACUUACCGAUAAAUGCUUUGGAUGGCCACGUUAUCCCUAGAACUUAAUGAUCUUACAUCCCACUUGUGUAUCUAUAGCAAGUUCACUGAAUCCUCAUAAGUACCUAAGCUGACUAAU